AUGUACCGGCAGACAAUCAGUAACAUAUCAUUUUUCAAUUAUCCUCUGACUAUAAAGGCGAUUCCUCCUAUAAAGAGUUACUCAAAACUGUCAGUUUGGUGUGGUUUAGCUUCUUUCAAAGAUGAAAUCAACAUUUCUUUUGCGAAAGACUACAAUAUUGGUUACUCGUUUACACAGUGUCCUAACAUAACAGUCGAAUUAAACCAUAUUCAAGAGAAUACGAGUUUAUGGCUGCAAGUUAAUGUUUUAGAAACAUCUAUGAUCCUUGAAAUUGCACAAUAUAUACUAUUUUGUACAUUACUAUUGACAUUUAUUCUAUUUUAUAUCAAACGAAAAGCAGCUUCUACACAAAGAUCAACAAUUGUUAUUAUUCUUUCAUCUUUAUUCAUGAUGGAUCCAUUUUCAUGCUUUACACAAUUAAUCAGCUUCCCCGAAGUCAUUAAUCGAUACUUUUCAUUAUUUGGCCUCUUUAGGAUGUCAUCUGAACUAUUUGCUGAAUAUUCUCCACUAGUAAGACAGAAUCAGAAAUUUUACAAAAUCAUGUGUCUAAUUCCAUCAUUAUUUUUGAUAAUUAUUUUUAAUCUUCCUUAUGAUCUUUAUUCAAAUCCAAUGAUUACGUUAUUUGGUAAUUUGAUAGGUUUAAUAGUUCCAGGAUUAGCAGUAAGCUUUUUGUUCAUGGCAGGAAACACAACAGGCAAAUUUGCCUUAAUUAUUCAGAUUAUGUCAGGCUCUCUGGUUGUUUCUGCCGAAUAUUAUAUUACAUUUUAUUGUUUUACUGAUACAUUUUAUGAUUCAUCUUUUUUGAUUCGAUUAUUUGAGUAUUCAAUGAUUUCUUCAUACGCUUUCUUCCAAACCAUUAUUAAGUCAGGAGAAAUGAUCGAAGAAGAGGCCAUGAGUCAUUUACCUCAUAGUAAUGUUAGACGCUAUGAUAAAAUCGAUGAAAUCUUAAAUGAUUUAGUUGCUGAAGACGAAGUCGUUAAAUUCGAAGAAGAAAUGUGA